AGUUAUAAGACAGAAGCAUUUAUGGAUUGUGAGUUCCUUGGAUUGAGAACACUCAUUUUCACUAGCAAAUUCUUAGCCCUUGUACAAAUGCCCAUCACAGAGUAAGCCCCUGGCAGAUGUUCAUGGAUGAAUAAAUGCUGUUUGUCCUGUGUAUCCUGAAGGCCACAAGUUCCACUAGCAGACUUUCAUGAAGUACCUAUUAUGCUUUCUUCAAUGUACAUGCCAACAGACCUUUGAUCCUGGCUGACUCACUAUUGCAGAUUCCUAUAUUGACAGUGAAAUGCUUUCCUAGAAGCAUUUUAAGCAGGACAAGGUAGGACUUCUCCUUGGAGGAAGAACACUGUGUGUGGCCAGUGUCACCCACCAGAGCACCCCUGUGUGGUAUAUGUAUGGUAAGUAAGCAGAGCCAUAGUAGUCAGCUCUCUUUUGGAGCUGUGGGAGGUCUGCAUGUGGCUUUAUGGAGGCCCUCUCCUUUCCUUGAAGCCUGUGCAGACAGACUGCCACAGAGAGAGAUGCACCAGAGCUGGAGAUAUAGAGGAACAUAGGGCAUGGCGGAUCCCUGCCUUGCUCUGGGGCCCCAUCCAUGCACCGGAAUGGACCCUCUCCCCACCAGCUCCUCUAGAAGCACUGACACAUUCUGCUCCAUACAUGCAGAUUAAAAACAUCUUUUAAAUGGUCACUUAGAAAUUGGAUGGCAGUGCUGGAGUUAGCCUAGUGGUAGAGCACUUACCUGGCAUGUAUAGGCCUUGGGUUUGAUUCCCAGCACACACAAAAAUAAAAGAAGCAGCAGCAGAAGAAGACAAAAAUUGGAUGACAACUUCAAGCCCAUAAUGAGGGGUGGGGGGGAAGCAAAAGAAGAAGUGAAAGUGCUUGGGAUUCCUCCAGCUUACUGGCAAACAGAGGCACCCACUGGUGCUCAUGCCCGGCAUGGCCAGAAGCUCUUAAACAACAGUUAUGAGAAUGACCAUUUUGAGAGGAAUCCUACUUGCCACCAAGAGUUCUCAGAAAUUAGCAGUCCACGAUAUGCACUCAUUCCAUACCCAUUCAGUUACUGACCUAAAAAACAAACACUGAAAUACUCAAUGACUUGUGUAAUGUUUAAUGUGUUAACAGUAGGCAAAUAAGCUUUUUAGUGGGGCAGGGCGGGGUAUGCCUUGCCCUUCCUGGCCCAGGAGGAUCAAAGUGAGCCCUCUUCAGAGAGGAGUUCUACCUCAGGUGGAUGAGGUAGUUGCUUUGCCAGUGGCCAGCCCUAUAUCUGCCUUGGCCUAGCUUUUGGGGCUUUGUGGGCCCUGGUCUUGGCGGUCACCACCUCUGGGACUCUGUGCUGCCAUGGGGUUGAGUGCUAUAGGGAGCACUUCCUAUAGCACUUCCUUCCCCUGUGUGCAUCAGCUUUCGUAACCACACAGCUCUCCAGAUUUUGCAAUUCCGGGAUCUCUUCCUCUACAUUCCUUUGCUCAGCUGGAACAGCUGCAGACCUGACACUGAGACUGCACAUAAGGCCUGGCACAGACAAAGAGCAACAAGCAGGGUGCUGGGAUGCUGGAGCAAAUUGUGGGGACUGAAGGGAUAAUUUUGCCCUCUUGUUCUCAAGGUGACAUUCUGGAAGUGAUAUAGUGUUAGAAGGGUGCUCACUGCCUUAGGAUUCAGGGGAUGGAGGAGUGUAGUGGCUAAGAGCACAGGUGUGGGGGUUAAAACAGGCCAAGGAGCACAGCCUGUCCCAGCGGCCUCCUGGCACCGUGAUCUUGAGCUGAGUACUUCCUCCUGGCUUAGUCAUCUAUCAAGGGUGGUACCAGGGGCCAAAGCUGCAUAAGGAUGCCAUCAGAACAUAGUGGGUAAAAGUAUAGAAAACAGAAACUUAUGUCCUCAAGCACCAGAGAGAGCCAAGGUCCCCUCCCUUCCAAGGCCUGUGUGUUCCAAAUCCCUGGGUCUUUGCUAUCAGAGCUGUUCUGUUUGAAGUAACACACUGGCAAUCCAUUCUGCUCACUUACUCUAACAUGGUAAGAGGUGUUUUAUGAUUAUUAUCCAAAUUUUGCUCAACUACCCUCCAUCUGCCCAAAGGUGCCAGAGAGUCAUGCCCGUUAGUCCUGGGUCCCUCCUGAUGUCCUGCAAGGCCUCAGCUCUCCCACACUCCAGGGCCGCCCCACUGCACCCCAGAGGCUUGCUGGCCCCGCCCCGGAGCCCUCUGUGCAGCACUGCCCCUGCCUAGCCAGUUCUCCUGCAGCCCUGAGGAAGACCUGCGGCCAGCCUCCAGAAGACUCAGUGCUGGGCGUCCCUGUGGCAAGAGGAUGGCGGUGCUGCAGCAGCUGGCCCUCCUGCUGUGGAAGAACUACACCUUGCAGAAGCGGAAGGUUCUAGUGACAAUCCUGGAACUCUUUCUGCCCUUACUGUUUUCUGGGAUCCUGAUUUGGCUUCGUUUGAAGAUCCAGUCAGAAAAUGUGCCCAAUGCUACGGUCUACCCUGGUCAGUCCAUCCAGGAGCUGCCCCUGUUUUUCACCUUCCCUCCGCCAGGGGACACCUGGGAGCUCGCCUACAUCCCUUCCCACUCUGAGGCUGCCAAGACCAUCACUGAGACUGUGAGAAAGUCCCUAGUGAUCAACAUGAGAGUGCGUGGCUUUCCCUCUGAGAAGGACUUCGAGGACUACGUUCGGUUCGACAACCACUCCUCCAAUGUGCUGGCUGCCGUGGUGUUCCAGCUGGCCUCCAACCACAGCAAGGAGCCCCUGCCGCUGGCGGUGAAAUAUCACCUACGCUUCAGCUACACACGAAGGAAUUACAUGUGGACCCAAACUGGCAACUUCUUCCUGAAAGAGACAGAGGGCUGGCACACCACUUCCCUUUUUCCACUUUUCCCAAACCCAGGACCAAGGGAACCUGCAUUCCCUGAUGGUGGGGAACCUGGAUACAUCCGCGAAGGCUUCUUGGCAGUGCAGCACGCCGUGGACAAGGCCAUCAUGUACUACCACGCCAAUGCCUCUGCACAUCAGCUGUUCCAGAAACUCACUGUGGUCGCCAAGAGAUUCCCGUUUCCACCAUUCAUCUCAGACCCCUUCCUUGUUGCCAUCCAGUACCAGCUGCCCCUGCUGCUCAUGUUGAGCUUCACCUACACCUCCCUCUCCAUCAUCCGGGCUGUAGUGCAGGAGAAAGAGAGAAGACUAAAGGAGUACAUGCGCAUGAUGGGGCUGAGCAGCUGGCUGCACUGGAGCGCUUGGUUCCUCAUGUUCUUCCUCUUCCUCCUCAUCGUGGUCUCCUUCAUGACCCUGCUCUUCUGCAUCAAGGUGAAGAAGGACGUGGCAGUGCUCUCAAGCAGUGACCCCUCCCUGGUGCUGGCCUUCCUGCUGUGUUUUGCCAUCUCCUCCAUCUCCUUCAGCUUCAUGGUCAGCACCUUCUUCAGCAAAGCUAACAUGGCAGCAGCCAUUGGCGGUUUCCUCUACUUCUUCACCUACAUCCCCUACUUCUUUGUGGCUCCUCGGUACAACUGGAUGACAUUGACCCAGAAGCUCUUUUCCUGUCUCCUGUCCAAUGUUGCCAUGGCAAUGGGAGCCCAGCUCAUAGGAAAAUUCGAAGCCAAAGGCACGGGCAUCCAGUGGCGAGACCUCCUGAGUCCUGUCAAUGUGGAUGAUGACUUCUGCUUUGGGCAAGUGCUGGGGAUGCUGCUGCUGGACUCUGUGCUCUAUGGCCUGGUGACCUGGUAUGUGGAGGCUGUCUUCCCUGGCCAGUUCGGUGUGCCCCAGCCCUGGUACUUCUUUCUCAUGCCCUCCUACUGGUGUGGGAACCCGAGGACAGUUGUUGGGAAAGAAGAAGAAGACAGUGACCCUGAGAAAGCUCUCAGAACCGAGUACUUUGAAGCUGAGCCCGAGGACUUGGUGGCAGGGAUCAAGAUCAAGCAUCUGUCCAAGGUGUUCCAAGUGGGGAAUAAGGACAAGACAGCUGUCAGGGACCUGAACCUGAACUUGUAUGAGGGGCAGAUCACCGUCCUGCUGGGCCACAACGGUGCAGGGAAGACCACCACCCUUGCCAUGCUCACAGGACUCUUUCCCCCUACUAGUGGACGUGCAUAUAUUAGUGGGUAUGAAAUUUCCCAAGACAUGGUUCAAAUCCGGAAGAGUUUGGGCCUGUGCCCCCAGCACGACAUUCUUUUUGACAACCUGACGGUGGUGGAACAUCUCUACUUCUAUGCACAGUUGAAAGGCCUGUCUCAGCAGAAGUGCCCUGAGGAAGUCAAGCAGAUGCUGCACAUCCUCAAUCUGGAGGACAAACGCAACUCACGGUGCAAGUUCCUGAGUGGGGGCAUGAAACGCAAGCUGUCCAUCGGCAUCGCCCUCAUAGCAGGCUCCAAGGUGCUGAUGCUGGACGAGCCCACCUCAGGCAUGGAUGCCAUCUCCAGGAGGGCCAUCUGGGACCUUCUUCAGCAGCAGAAGAGUGACCGUACCAUCCUCCUGACCACCCACUUCAUGGACGAGGCUGACCUACUGGGGGACCGCAUUGCCAUCAUGGCCAAGGGGGAGCUGCAGUGCUGUGGGUCAUCACUGUUCCUCAAGCAGAAAUAUGGUGCUGGCUAUCACAUGACGCUGGUAAAGGAGCCACACUGCAACCCUGAAGGCAUCUCCCAGCUGGUGCACCACCAUGUCCCCAAUGCCACACUGGAAAGCAGUGUUGGGGCUGAGCUGUCCUUUAUACUUCCCAAGGAGAGCACGCACAGGUUUGAAAGUCUUUUCACUAAACUGGAAAAUAAGCAGAAGGAAUUGGGCAUCGCCAGCUUCGGGGCCUCUGUCACCACCAUGGAGGAAGUCUUCCUUCGGGUUGGCAAGUUGGUAGACACCAGCAUGGACAUCCAAGCCAUCCAGCUCCCUGCCCUGCAGUACCAGCACGAGAGGCGGGCGAGCGACUGGGCUGUGGACAGCAAUCUGUGCGGAGUGAUGGACCCGACUGACGGCAUUGGCACCCUCAUCGAGGAGGAGUACACUGUGGUCAAGCUCAACACUGGGCUUGCCCUCCACUGCCAGCAGUUCUGGGCCAUGUUCCUGAAAAAGGCCACAUACAGCUGGCGGGAGUGGAAGAUGGUGGCAGCCCAGGUCCUGGUCCCCUUGACCUGCGUCACCCUAGCCCUCUUGGCCAUCAACUAUUCCUCGGAGGUCUUCGAUGAUCCCAUCCUGAAGCUGAGCUUGAGCGAAUACGGCAGAACUGUGGUGCCCUUCUCAGCUCCCGGCACCUCUCGACUGGAUCAGCAGCUGUCGGAGCUCUUGAGAGACGUGCUGCAGGCUGAGAGGCAGGAGCCUCGCGAGGUGCUGGGUGACCUGGAGGAGUUCCUGGUUUUCAGGGCAUCAGUAGAAGGAGGCGGCUUUAAUGAGCGGUGCCUGGUGGCAACAUCCUUCAGAGACGUGGGAGAGCGGACGGUGGUCACCGCCUUAUUCAACAACCAGGCUUACCACUCCCCAGCCACCGCCCUGGCCAUCGUGGACAACCUUCUAUUCAAGCUGCUGUGUGGCCCUCGGGCCUCCAUCAUGGUCUCCAACUACCCCCAGCCCCGGAGUGCCCUACAGGCUGCCAAGGACCAGUUCAAUGAGGGCCGAAAGGGGUUCAACAUUGCCCUCAAUUUGCUAUUUGCCAUGGCAUUCCUGGCCAGCACCUUUUCCAUCCUGGCAGUCAGUGAGAGGGCCGUCCAGGCCAAGCAUGUCCAGUUGGUGAGCGGUGUCCAUGUGGCUACUUUCUGGUUCUCUGCUCUGCUAUGGGACCUCAUCUCCUUCUUGGUCCCUGCUCUGCUGCUGUUGGUGGUGUUCAGAGCCUUCGAUGUUCGCGCCUUCACGCGGGAUGGACACAUGGCUGACGUGCUGCUGCUGCUUAUGCUCUACGGCUGGGCCAUCAUCCCCUUUAUGUACCUCAUGAGCUUCUUCUUCUCGGGCGCAUCCACCGCCUACACCAGGCUGACCAUCUUCAACAUUCUGUCAGGCAUUGCCACCUUCCUAGUGGUCACCAUCAUGCGCAUCCCAGCAGUGAAGCUCGAAGAACUUUCCAGAACCCUGGAUCACGUGUUCCUGGUGCUGCCCAACCACUGUCUGGGGAUGGCUGUCAGCAGUUUCUAUGAGAACUAUGAGACACAGCGGUACUGCACCUCCUCAGAGGUCGCCGCCCACUACUGCAAGAAAUACAAUAUUAAGUACCAGGAGAACUUCUUCGCCUGGAGUGCCCCAGGGGUUGGCAGGUUCAUGACCUCCAUGGCUGCCUCAGGGUGUGCCUACCUCACCCUGCUCUUCCUCAUUGAGACCAACCUGCUGUGGAGACUGAGGACCUUUAUCUGUGCCUUCCAGAAGAGGUGGACAUUGGAAGAAUUGCACAACCGGACAUCGGUGCUUCCCGAGGACCAGGAUGUGGCAGAUGAGAGGAGCCGAGUCCUGGCCCCUGGCCUGGACAUCCUGCUGCACACGCCUCUGACCAUCAGGGAGCUCUCCAAGGUGUAUGAGCAGCGGGUGCCCCUCCUGGCUGUGGACAGGAUCUCCCUCACUGUCCAGAAAGGGGAGUGCUUUGGCCUGCUGGGCUUCAACGGAGCCGGGAAAACCACGACAUUCAAGAUGUUGACUGGAGAGGAGCCCAUCACCUCAGGGGAUGCCUUUGUUGAGAGCUACAGCAUCAGCUCUGACAUUAGGAAGGUGCGGCAGCGGAUGGGCUACUGUCCCCAGUUUGAUGCCCUGUUGGAUCACAUGACUGGCCGGGAGAUGCUGGUCAUGUAUGCUCGGCUCCGAGGCAUCCCUGAGCACCUCAUUGACCCCUGCGUGGAGAACACACUGCGGGGCCUGCUCCUGGAGCCACAUGCCAAUAAACUGGUCAGGACCUACAGUGGUGGUAACAAGCGCAAAUUGAGCACUGGCAUCGCCCUCAUUGGAGAUCCUGCAGUCAUCUUCCUGGAUGAGCCAUCCACCGGCAUGGACCCCGUGGCUCGGCGCCUGCUCUGGGACACUGUGGCCCGGGCCCGCGAGUCUGGCAAGGCCAUUGUCAUUACCUCCCACAGCAUGGAGGAGUGUGAGGCCUUGUGCACCCGGCUGGCCAUCAUGGUGCAGGGUCAGUUCAAGUGCCUGGGAAGCCCACAGCACCUCAAGAGCAAGUUUGGCAGCGGCUACUCCCUACGGGCCAAAGUCCGAAGUGAAGGGCAGCAGGAGGCACUGGAGGAGUUCAAGGCAUUUGUGGACCUGACCUUUCCAGGCAGUGUCCUAGAAGAUGAGCACCAAGGCAUGGUCCACUAUCACCUGCCUGGUGGCAACCUCAGCUGGGCCAAGGUUUUUGGUAUCCUGGAGAAAGCCAAGGAGAAGUAUGGAGUGGAUGACUACUCAGUGAGCCAGAUCUCACUGGAGCAAGUCUUUCUGAGCUUCGCCCACCUACAACCCCCCACUACAGAGGAGGGGCGAUGAGGAGCCGUCUGCUGCCUCCAGGGCACUAGGCAGGGACUGGACAAGCCUGUGCACAGUUGUGUACCCUCUCCAUCUGAGUUUCUCUUAUCCUUUAUUUUUAAUCACUUUUUUCUAUGAUGAUAUGAAAAAAAAUCAAGGCAGUCUGCACAGAAUGGAUCAAGUGUGCCAGGGCCCUUGUAUGAGAAUCAGCAUGCAAAUUUCCACUCCCAAAGGCAGACUCUAUGGAACUCACAUUCCCAGGCCCAGAACAGGUCCAGCAGUGUGAACAGGUGAAGAGCUGUCUCAGGACCACAGCUGACCCAGAGACUGAAUUUCUCUACAUGUUCACAGAAAGAAAGGGCUCUGGGACCUGUCCACGUUUACGUAUGCACUAAGCUCCCCUGGGGAGGACAGAGGAAGCCAGUAGGGAUGAGUUGUGGCAAGGCUCUUCAGGCUGCUGAGGACAAAAAGUUUCAAAUGACCUCCAUCUGUGAAGGAAAGAUAUCAGCUGUGACUAGGUGCUGAGACCUCAGUUUCCAGUGCAUCCCAGAGGCACCCCAGAGUCGAUGCUCCUCAGGGUGUGGCUACCACUCCAGGCCUACCUGACCGCAGACCCAGCACCCUCCCACAAGUAUCUUCCAGAAGCAGCCAGCACAGGGAGAGACGGUGGCCAGACUAGGCAUACAGUCCUCCUCUGUUCCCAGCUGUAACUCUUGAGAAGCUACUGGCCACAGGACAGUCAGGAAACACUACAGGGACUGAGCAGCUGUCUCCUGCGCAUACACUAAACACACUAUGACCGUCCAGAAAAUAAAGGCUGAGGGAACAUGAUCACA